AGCGACAGGUGCGGCUGGCUCUGCUCAGAUGUCUUCGACUCAGGAAGUUGGUGCAGCGGCUGACGAAGCUGAUCAGGGAGCUGAAGUGGUUGCGGCACCCGUGGCCUUGGCGGUGGAGCCUGAAGAGGACCUUGAUGGAUCGUUUCAGGCGGCUUGCCCCGGAGGCGGACCCCCAUCCAGUGCAGAUGCCGCAGGAACUUUGGCUGCUUGGGAGUCCGAGGCAUUCAGGGCCAUCUGGCUUGCAGUGGCCCCGAGCACCAGGAGAGCCUACAACAGAGCGGUGCUGUGUCCUGCCGAGAGAAGCAAAGAAUUCUGAUCUGCGGGCACAGUAUGGUUUUCUGGGCGGCCCACCAAGCACGGAGGACGAGGAUUGGGUCGCAGUUGGGUCUGAGUGACUGGGCCCGGGUUGAGUGGCAGGGCCGUCGGGGCCUUCGGUGGCCCGGCCUGCUGCCUUUGUUAUUUGGCCGGAGGAGUGGCCUCCCGCCCCACGUGUUAGUCAUUCACCUAGGUGGGAAUGAUCUGGGGCUCAUGCAAGGCAGGGCAUUGUCCUUGCAAGUUAAACAGGACCUGCAGUUCAUUCUUCGGCGGUGGCCUGGUGUUCUCAUUAUUUGGUCCGCCAUGUUGCCUCGGCGGGUUUGGCGGGAGGCCUUGCACCGUCCGGCUAUUGAAAGGGCUCGAAUGAAGGCCAAUAGGGCUAUUCAAAAGGCUUUGGGUGAAGGGUUGGGUAUUUACUUACCUCACCCUCGGAUCAGGGCCACUUUUGCCGACCUCUACCGAGGUGACGGGGUACACCUUUCGGCGUCCGGCAACGAGGUGUUUUUAGAUGACUUGCGGCAGGGGCUUCGGCUGGCCUUAAGCCAUCUCUGGGGCGCCAGGGCCUAAGCAGAGGCUUGGCCUGGCGUUGGCAGGAUAGAAUUGGGAAAUAGGGAGCGGGCCGGUGAGCACCCUUGGCGCUUCUCCAUUUUGGGGAAGAGGGGUCUGCCUGAAGCGGAUGGUACUGCUUGUGACGGCUGCCAUGCUGCAUGGGCAGACUGCCUUGGGGAACCCUGUGUGCAAGUCCUACCUCACUGCUGUACGGCUGAGGUGUGGGAGCUUGAUUGGGGGAACCAAAUUUGCCUGGCUGUCCAGGUAGCUGCCAUCCGGUGGAUGGCUUAAGCCUGGGGCUUCGGGGCUCGCCCAGACAGGUCGAGGCGGAGGUCCAAGGUGCGACCACGUGGCUCGUCCUGUACCGCUAGUUUGCCCUUGCCGCAGUUUGAUAGUUAUGGUUAUAAAUAUUGUUAUCUUAAUAAAAGUGGCCCUUAGUACCAAACAGUGACGUCUGUCUCUUCAUUCCGACUGGGGUGGCAAAGCGACCCCUUCUGCCGCCAGCCUGGCUGUGGGGCGGGGGGUCGUCAUUUGCCUCCUCGGAAGGAGGAAGAGAAGGCGCGCUUUCCCCGGACAUACGGGGAUUGCGCGGGGGCGGAGCUUGCUAGCCGUUAGGCUGCUCCGCUCCCCCGCCGGCGUCAGUCGCCCGGGAAAGAGCUCGGCCCACCCUCCUCUCCCUGUAUCGGUGCAGGAUUAGCCGGUUGCUGUAGUCAGAGCCAGGUAGGAAUUUUUUCCUCCGGUCACCUAAUUGGCCCGGGUCCGGAGGUUUUUCGCCUACCUUGUACCGAUAUUGUGGUUGAGGUGAUUGGCACGGUGGCGCUGUUUAGAUAAAUCAUUUUGGCAGGAUAGAAUUGGGAAAUAGGGAGCGGGCCGGUGAGCACCCUUGGCGCUUCUCCAUUUUGGGGAAGAGGGGUCUGCCUGAAGCGGAUGGUACUGCUUGUGACGGCUGCCAUGCUGCAUGGGCAGACUGCCUUGGGGAACCCUGUGUGCAAGUCCUACCUCACUGCUGUACGGCUGAGGUGUGGGAGCUUGAUUGGGGGAACCAAAUUUGCCUGGCUGUCCAGGUAGCUGCCAUCCGGUGGAUGGCUUAAGCCUGGGGCUUCGGGGCUCGCCCAGACAGGUCGAGGCGGAGGUCCAAGGUGCGACCACGUGGCUCGUCCUGUACCGCUAGUUUGCCCUUGCCGCAGUUUGAUAGUUAUGGUUAUAAAUAUUGUUAUCUUAAUAAAAGUGGCCCUUAGUACCAAACAGUGACGUCUGUCUCUUCAU